GCUGACAACGCUUUAGACGCUUUAUCCAUCAGGACAUUGUGGUUGGAUAGGCUACCUAAAGACAUUCAAAUCACUUUGACAGCAGCUGAAUCUCUAAGUAACAAGGACCUAGCUCUCCUAGCUGAUAAAAUGACCGAGAUUCUCAAGCCCAAGUCAACUGAAGUUAGCACAAUUGCAGCAGUAUCUAAGUCUGAACCUCUGAGUGAAAUUGCUGAACAAUUGCAAGCAUUAGCUGAUGAAGUACGCAAGCUGUCUUUGAGGGUAGAUUCAGUGAGUAAUAAGGGAGGUAAUCGUGGUAGAUCACAUAGUUCAAAUUCAAGCUCGUCUAGAAGCCGUUCUAAGUCUCCUAACUCUAGUGAAAGAGUCUGUUUUUAUCACAGAUCAUUUGGCGACAAGGCCAAGAAAUGUUUGAGACCAUGUUCAUUUGAAAGCAACCAGGAAAACGAGGCCAGCCAUUAAUAGACUCGGCGACUGCUGAUGGUGUAAACAGUCCUCGCCGGCUAUUCAUCUUAGAUCAAAUUUCUCAUGGACACUGGAGCACAAGUUUCUGUCAUUCCACCAGCUCACAGUGACAAAAAGCAGCCUACUGGUCAAUUUUUAUACACAGCUAACCAAGAAGUUAUUCAAGUUUUUGGAGAAAAAGCUCUUACACUCAACCUUGGACUUCGCAGACCAAUUAACUGGAUAUUUACCAUCGCUGAUCUACCACAUCCAAUCAUUGGAGCCGACUUGAUGUAUAAAUAUAAUAUAGCAGUCGACUUAAGUCACAGUAAAAUCAUUGACACUAGCACUGGCGCUGAAUCAUCAGAAUUUCUAGGUCUUUUAGGCAAUUCUUUCAACAACGCUUCAAAGAAACAUUCAGUGAAACAUUACAUUCCAACAACUGGUUCGCCAUAUUCUUGUAGAGCUAGACCACUUCGCCCAGAGCGUUUGAAACAAGCUAAGGCAGAGUUCCAACUCAUGAUUAACUCAGGUAACAUCAGACCUUGUAGUAGUCCUUGGUCUAAUGCCCUGCACAUGGCAGCAAAGAAAGAUGGAGACUGGAGACCUUGUGGAGAUUAUCGACAACUCAAUAGCCAGACAAUUCCAGACUGAUAUCCUAUCGCUCUUAUUCAAGAUUAUAUAUCAAUCUUAGCAGGCAGGAAAAUUUUUUCAAAG